ACUUCAUUCAUUCUUUCCGAUUGGACGUGUUUGGUUUUAGUUUUUUGUUGUGCUCCUCAAAAAUUUUUUUAAAAACGAUUAUUUAUUAAAAUAUAAAAUAAAACGGCAAUUACUGGAUUUGAAACAUAAACGAAUUUAACUACAAAAAAUGUGCCUUUAAAGAACGAUUAAAAAGUUUUUAAAACAAAAUGUUUCAACUAAAAUCGUCCUUAAAAAUGAACUGCCAUCAACUAUUGGCAUUUAUAUUAAUAUUAACUGUAGUAAAAGCACAAUUAUCCAAUGAUCCGCAAUCAUAUCAGCCUCGUUAUAAUCCACAAUAUACAAAUACACAAACAAAUCAACAAGUCGGUUCUACUCAAUAUGAUAAUCCGCUGUUAACAUCUAUACAGGAUCAGCAGCAGUUGACAGGAAAUACGAAUACGCUUAACAGCGGCAGUGUUUUGGGACAACAAAAUUACAAUAACUAUUAUGAUUCACAAUCGAAUGCAAAUCGUCAGCUAUCAGGUGGCGUUGGUAAUACAUUGACUGGCCAGAGUCCUGCUUACGAUCCAUUUAAUCGCAAUUUAAAUACAAAUACUUUUUCUUCGGUUGGUAAUAGUUAUGUGGAUACAUAUAGUGAUGAGCUGAAUUACUGUCCAGAGCAUUGGAUAUCGUAUAGACAAACGUGUUAUCGUUUCAUACGUUCACCAAAACGUAAUUGGAUUGAUGCGAAGAAAAUUUGUAAAGCUUACAAUGCUGAAUUGUUGAAUGUCGAUAAUGUUGAGAAACAUGCAUUUAUUUUAAAACAAUUAAUAUUACAAAAUCAACGUCAAAAUCGUUUCUGGACAUCAGCCCAUCAGACGGGUGUCAAUAGUUGGAGCAACGACGACGGCACGCCAUUCUUAGUGAUAGAGGAUUCGUUCUCGUUUGAUGAAGAACAGGCCAUUGAAAAUGAAGAUUUACAUGACAAUCGUUUCUUGGUACAACAUAGUUUCAAUGAUUAUAAUAAUCGUAUUAAUCCCAAUCAAUACUACAACACCAUUAGUGGUUCCGCGAACAGAAAUCAAAAUGCUCAACGUGGUUUUACUGGUCCCGGUCAAUAUAAUGAUAAUGGUUACGUGCGUGAUCGUCUGGUCUAUGCUUUUUCAAAGAAAAAUGAUCGUUGGAUGUUUAUGCCAGCAUAUGACAUUGAAUUGAAUUUAUUCAUAUGCGAAUCAAAUCAACUAUAUAAUCCCGAAAAUAUCAAUAUUAAACUAGACGGUAAACGUCCCUUCCACUAUGGCUUUGAUAUACGUGACUAUGAGAAAAUACCCCGUGGUCCUUACUUUGUAAAGCAGCCCAAUGAUACCACAUUUGAUACAAGUAAAAAUCGUCUUAUAAAUGAUGUAUCUCUUAGCUGUUUAGCUGGUGGUUAUCCAACACCCACAUAUCGUUGGUAUCGUGAAAUUUAUGAAAAUGACACUUUGGAAUACAAACCUAUCGAUCCAUUGAAAGAAGAUCGUUACACGGUAUCAGGUGGUAAUCUAAUUAUUUACGAUCCCAAACAAGCAUCGGAUCAGGGUGCAUACCACUGUGUUGCUGAGAACAAAUUUGGUCGUAUACGUUCGGAAAGUGCUCAUUUGAAUUUUGGUUUUAUAAUGGAGUUCAAUUUGAAACGUUCAGCCGAAACAGGUGAAAUGAACUGGGGUAAAUCUAUAUUCUGUGAUCCUCCGCAACAUUAUCCCGAUGUUAAAUACUAUUGGUCUAGAGAUUAUUUUCCCAAUUUCGUUGAAGAAGAUCAGCGAGUGUUUGUGUCGCAUGAUGGAGCAUUGUACUUUUCCUCCAUUGAAACUGUUGAUAGAGCAAACUACUCAUGUACUGUGCAAACAUUGGUUUCUGAUACUGGACGAAAUGGUCCCUUCUUUCCCUUACGCGUUAAGCCAAACAGUAAUUACCAAGCUUUAAUAUUUUCCAACUCUUUUCCAAAGGUUUUCCCUGAAGCUCCCAUAGCAGGAGACGAAAUUCGUUUAGAAUGUAUGGCUUUUGGUUACCCAAUACCUUCAUAUAAUUGGACUAGACAAGGCCAUCCUUUGCAACGCAAUGCUUACACCAUUAACUAUAAUCGUGUUUUAAUCAUACAAAAUGCUACCACCAGCGACAAUGGCGAAUAUACUUGCACCAUAUCGAAUCCACAUAAAACUUUGGAAAAGUCGAUAUACAUUAACAUUCAAAUGAAACCACAAUUUACAAUACCCUUAAAGGAUCAAAUAAAAGACUUCAACAGUGAUGUAACAUUCAUAUGUGAAUCCUUUGCCAUACCAGAUGUUAAUUACACUUGGUACAAGAAUGCCGAACGAUUUGAUCCUGAAAACAUCGACAAGGAUCGUUUUAUAAUACAGGAUAAUGUUUUUACCAUAAAAUAUCUAGAUGCUGAUCGUGAUGAUGGCAUGUAUCAGUGUGGUGCCUCGAAUCAAUUGAAAACAGCAUUCUCCUCGGCUCAAUUGAGGGUGUUGUCAAUGAAACCUUCAUUUAAAAAACAUCCACUAGAAUCGGAAAUUUAUGCAGUUCACAAUGGCAACACAACAAUAGUAUGUGAUCCCGAGGCAGCACCACGUCCUAAGUUCCAAUGGAAAAAAGAUGGCCAAGUUAUUGGCGCUGGAGGUCAUAGACGCAUAUUGCCAAGUGGCACAUUAAUUAUUUCACCCACUUCACGUGACGAUGAGGGGGUUUAUACAUGUGUCGCAUCGAACACUGCUGGUUCAGAUGAAUCACGUUCUCGUCUUAUUGUUUUGCAGGAAUUACGUUUUAUCCAAACACCACCUGUGCGAAUAACAACUCAAGUUCAGGAUUUGAUUUAUUUACAAUGCGAGGCUAGUUAUGAUGAACUCUUGGAUGUUGCAUAUGUGUGGAAACACAAUGGCGAAGUUCUGCGUAAUAAUCAUGAUGGCACAGAACGAAUUACUAUCGACUAUAAUCGCUUGACUGUUCACAAUGUAACCAUGUUAGAUGGCGGUGAUUACGAAUGUGUUGUUAAAUCGUCAGUCAAUGAAAUUUCAGCCAAAACAAAUGUGAUUAUUGAGGGAUCACCUGGUGCACCGGGUGGCGUACAGGUCAUUGAUGUUGGAAAGACUAAAGCAAUUAUUGAAUGGGUUGAUGGCGCUGCAAAUGGACGACCUAUACGUUAUUAUAAUAUAUUGGGUCGUACCAAUUGGAAUCGUACGUGGCUGAAUGUAUCCACACACGUGCAGGCACGUGAAGUUGAUCGCUACACUAGUCGGCAGCAAGCAGAAGUAACCAACUUAACGCCUUGGUCAUCGUAUGAAUUUAGUGUGGCGGCCGUAAAUGACUUGGGCAUAGGUAUACCCUCAGCUCCCUCGCCCAUCUACAGUACACAUGAGGAUAGACCCUAUAUAGCACCACGUAAUGUUGGAGGUGGUGGUGGUAAGAUAGGAGAUCUAACCAUUACAUGGGAUCCUCUAUUGCCUGAAGAACAACAUAGUCAUGGUAUACAUUAUAAGAUAUUCUAUAAACUAAAAGGUAAAUUUGAAUGGGCGUCGGAUAUUAUAAAGAGGCCAGAUCAUAUAGGCAUGGCUGUAGUAAAUGUGCCCAUAAAUAACUAUUAUACGGAAUAUGAAGUCAAAGUACAGGCCAUAAAUAAUAUCGGAAAGGGCCCAGAAAGUGAGCCAGUUGUCAUUUACUCAGCUGAAGAUAUGCCACAAGUGGCUCCACAAAAACCCAUAGCUUUAGCGUUUAAUUCAACAGCAUUCAACGUCACUUGGCAGCCCAUCGAUUUGACUAGGGAAAACAUUAGAGGAAAACUUAUUGGUCAUAGAAUCAAAUAUUGGAAGACUACGCAUCAGGAAGAAGAUGCUGUUUACUAUUUAUCACGUACCGUACGCAACUGGGCUUUAAUUGUAGGCCUACAGCCCGAUACAUAUUAUUUUGUUAAAGUAAUGGCUUAUAAUGCUGCCGGAGAAGGUCCAGAAAGUGAACGAUUCGAAGAACGUACUUAUCGAAAGGCUCCACAAAAACCACCAUCUUCUGUACAUGUGUUUGGUGUUAAUCCAUCAACUGUUCGAACAGUGUGGCGUUAUGUUUCACCAGCACAGGACGAAGAACCUAUAGAGGGCUACAAGGUGCGUGUCUGGGAGUCGGAUCAAAAUAUGAUAACUGCCAAUGAUACUAUAAUACCAGUGGGACAAAAACUUGAAGCUUAUAUAACGAACCUAACGCCGGGUAAAAUGUACAACAUGCGCAUUCUAGCCUUCAGCAACGGUGGUGAUGGACGCAUGUCUAGUCCAACGGUUCAUUUUCAAAUGGGUAAAACGACACGAAAUCAUGCCGAUCGACGUUACAAUUUUAAUGUCAAUACUUUAUUAAUCGUCACCAUUUUAACAUUCAUAUCUGCCUCAUUAUUUAACAAUUAGUUUCUCAUUUAUUCGUUUUAUAACAAAUAACGCACAGUUAAAUUAGCAAAACAAAAAAUGAUAACAAAAACACAAAUGUGAACUUAAAUAACUGCAAACAUUCCGUCCAUAAAAUGCAGUCUCAUUAUAUUUUAAAAAAUAAACUUCGAAUAUCCAAAAAAAAUAUCCCACAAAGUAGAUUUUAAGCAAAAAACAUAAGUAAUAAUUCCAAUUUUUUUUAAUAAUUAAAGCUAUAAAAUUAUCUAUGUUAUAUAAACUAGUUAUUUACAACUAAAUAUAACGCUCUUAAAGUGCCCUUAUUAUAUGAUUAAGUUUUACAAGCAAAAGAAAAUAAGAUAUUUUAUAUACAAAAACAAAUUAUACAUACAUAUAUAUAUAAGUACAUACAUAUUCGUUUAUUCGAAUAUAUAGUAUUCCCUAUUUUAUGUUUCUCUUAUAUAGUUAUAUAUAUUUUAAACUCAAAUAACUUUAUUUUUGCCCUUAUUAAUGUUCAUAACUAAUUCGUCCAUUUUUUAUUUAAAUUUUUCGUACAAAUAAAAAUAUUAAAAUAUGAAAA